AUGUCAAACGAACCUCAAACACCAACGCUGACUGUCACGGAUGAAAGUGAAGAUGUCACGGAAAAAGACCGCUCUCCUGCCGAGAACGCCUUCUACGAGUCAUUUCUUAUUCAAUCAAGGUCCGCCAUUGAAACGUUGUACGCCUCUAACAUUUACCAUAGUCAAAAGCACGCAAAACAAGUCAAAGAUCUUGAACGACAAAAGCAGUACUGUAUGUCUCAAAUGAACAACGACCAGAAAGAAAUGGUUAAAAAGAUGGCCCAGUUACAGGAAAAGCAGGAAAAAAUAAUUGAGGAGAAACGAAAACAACGCUUGAAAGUUUUGUCAACAAAAGGUGAUAGCAGAAUAAGGCCGCACUCGACAUCAUCAUUAGCAAAUUGGGAGCCAAGGUUACUUCAACACAGGCAGAGAUCAGGAUCGAUGCCAUUUCUUGAGCCUAUUGAUGCAAAUCUACUAAAUCAAAGCCUAUCCAAGUCUACUGAGAACAUUCACUCCGAUUCGUCUAUGCUGAGUGCAAGCCUUCCAGCUAAUGUUUUAUCGCGGUCGUGCGAGGAUCUAUCCUCUCUCGGGAAAAAGAGAGGCAAAGUUGUUUUGCCUGCCUUGCCGAAGUCAUCCCGAGCGAUGUCGGUAGGGGAUUCUUCGGAGGAUUCCGAUUCUACCUUUAUAACCCGAAUGUCCGCCUCGCCUCCGACCAAGCCUAAGCUUAAUCUAAACUUGACACCGGCUUCCGGUUUCAAACCCGAACAUCGUCGAGGAUCUUUUGAUCCUUCCAUUUUAAGAGAAGCAGACAAACGGCGAGGUUUGAAAGCCAACAGUCCUCCAACGAGUCCAAAAAGUACUCAUACAAAGUGGAUUCCUAAGUCUUACGGUUUAUCGCAAGCUAGAGGUCUUCCUCCAGUGUAG